GGGAGCCAACGGAAGAUGAAUGAAGUACCAGCUUAGCUGUUAGCCUGCGAGUGCAACUAUAAUUUAUUAACUGACAUUAAUAUGCUGGAGCAGGAAAGUGCGGAUGCAGUGCAAGCAUUUUGGAGCUGCUUCUGAUGGUCCACAUGCUGGAUUGCAUGUGCUAGGCACUUAUGAUAAGCAGGACCGCUAGCUAUCGCUAGCAAUAACGUUAGCUCUCCAGCUAACGUUAGCAUGCGUGGAAAGGAGUCACUUAAAUUGGAUGCAAGGUGGAAACUGUGAACUAACUGAUAUAACACAACCUCUAUAGGAUAAAUAAGAAAUCAUAUCAGUUAGGUAAUGUCAUGUACGUCGCUGACUUGAGUAGUUGGAUUACAGGAGUAGCGUUAGCUGGGAGUCUUGGCCCUACUAGCUCUGCCUCAAGGUGAAUGUACUAAGUAAUAUCAGUAUUUUGGAAAAGACGAGCUAAAUCUUGAGACUCGUCGUUGGAGACCGAGCUCAUCUAUUUCCUGUCGAAAUGCCCGACAUCAUUUUGUUUCACGGACUGAGGUAACAGGGGCACGGCUUUCCAUCAUGUACUCGAGCCCUCAUAUGUCGAUCAUGUCCAGCUGCAACAGCAGCAGCAUCACUGAGCUGCUGGGUGCCCUGUGUGACUGCAGCCUCUCUGGGGUGUCAUGGAAACGCCGGGCCCUGGGGGGACUCUCAAGGGAAGGGGUCCGAAGAGCCCUCAAAAAACGUGCUUAUGGUGCCCUGCUCUCCAAGCUCUUUCAAGAUGGCACGUCUAAAGGAUCUGCCUCAGGACCCUGCACCACAGCAACCACCCCACCCAGAAACAAGGUCCUGAUGAUCUCUUUUGACCUGCGGGUGGCUGGAUGCCAGGAGGAAGCUGAGAGAUUGGAGGAGCAGCUGGGAAGGCUUCCUGAAGGGGCGUCGUCCGGCCUGAAGGAAGUGGAUGCAGUCCUGGAGCUCCUGGUGCAGCUUGCUGGCUCGGCGACCCCACCACCCACCUCCUUUAGCCGGGACUACAUGAGGCGAGAGAGGCCCGUGCUGCGGAGGCCUCCACCCUGGGGCUACCAGAGUGAGGAGCUGCAGCGACUAGAGGCCCGGGCAUGGGGGCUGGUGUGUGGGGAGGAAUGGGGAUCCCUUGGGAGUCUGUGUGGCACUAUGAGGCUGAUGGAUGCCCCCCCAGGCACAGGUUUGCUUGCUCUAAGGACGAGGUUGGAAGUGGAGGAGAGGUUUGAGAAGGAGACCAGGCUGUCACUGUUUGGAGCACUGCAGCACACACGCACCUCAGACAUGGACAUCAGGCUGGACCUGCCUCCUGUUCCUAGUAAUGUUGACGUCACUGGGCUGGCCAUCAGGGUUCCCCACUGUUUGGAUCAAUCUGAGGAUGAGGGCUUCCAGUCAGCUUCCAACCUGACCCCAGACUCCCAGUCAGAGCCUAGCCCCAGUCCAGAGCUUGAUAUCUGGGAGGCCCUCCGCACCUUUGAGCCUGGGAGACGCCGCUGCUGGGAGUCUGUUGGCUGUCCUCCAGGGAAAAGAGAGCUCCCUUAUCUAACUGAGGGAGGCAGGGAGGCCUUCGAUCAGCUUUGUCGGCUAUGGGAGGGGGAGAUGAGGUUGGUGAGCUCUACCAAUGCUUCCCCACUCCUGCCCUUGCCCCUGGACUCCCAGACCCAAUUGGUAACUGACCUCCUGAAUGCACUGAUUGGAGUGGCAUCCACCACCUUCCCUCUCAACCAGUGUGUGCAGUUUGACGUCAGGCCAGGUGUGUGCGUGUCAGGAGCCUCCCCAGAGAGUGUGUCCCGUCUCCUGGGAGAACUGGCCCAGUAUGGUACUUAUUACUUGAGGCUGAGCCGCUUUUCCUUGCAGAGCGCCAACAAGAGAGGCCUAGUCUUUCAGGCUUUUACAGGUGGUCUGAGGAAGUACUUGCAUUACUACAGGGCUUGUGUUCUCAGUACACCGCCCACUCUCAGCCUCAUGACUAUUGGCUUCCUCUUCCGCAAAGUGGGCCGGCAGCUCAGGUACCUGUCAGAACUGUGCUGUGUAGAUGGACCCUUGGGUGUAGGCCAGGCUACUUUCCCUGUGGGUGUGAAGCUGCUGUCCUACCUGUAUAAUGAAGCUCAGAGCAACUGCAGCAAUGAGAACUAUCCAGUGCUGCUGUCGUUGCUCAAGAGCAGCUGUGAGCCCUACACACGGUUUGUGUCUGACUGGGUGUACAGCGGAGUGUUUCGAGAUGUUUAUGGGGAAUUCAUGAUCCAGGUCAAUGAGGAAUACCUCAGCUUCAGAGACAAACACUUCUGGGUUCAGGGCUAUACCCUGAUCUCAAAGGAUGUGGAGGACUGCGUCCCUGUCUUCUUGAGACACAUUGCCAAUGAUGUGUAUGUCUGUGGCAAGACCAUUAACCUGCUCAAGAUCUGCUGCCCACAGCACUACAUCUGCUGGUCGGAGUUGCCAGUGCCACGCAUCGCUGUCACCUUCUCCCUUCAGGAGGUGGAGGAGAUCGAGAGGGACUGUGCAGUGUACCGGGGACGCAUGGAGAGGAUUGCCAAGCACAGCGCCAUCAGCAGGGAGGAGCAGGCCCUGCGCACAGAGCAGGCACGCCAGGAGCUGAUCAAUCAGGUCAGACAGUCAACCGCCAAGACCCUGGAGACCAUCCGUGGGUGCCAGGUGUCGCAGCGUCUGGCCGAGGAGGCCAAGAAGAGGGAGCGCUUUGAGGAGCUGAAACAGCACCUGGAGCAGGAGCAAGAGUGGCGAAAUGCAGCCAAAAAGAAGGAGGAGGAGGAUGACUUCAGCUUUGCCAGAGAACUGAGGGACAGAGAGAAGAGACUGCAAGCCCUGGAAGAGCAACUGGAGCAGAGAGCCAGGAAAGAGCUGAUUGCUCAGUACAGCCGCCUUUCGAAGGAGGCAGCUCACAGAGAGAGACGAGCCAUGUGGAGGGUGCAGCGAAUGAGACUUGACGAGGCUCGAGCUCAGUUCUUCAUGCGUGACAGACAACAGACUCAGGCAAUACUAGAGAAAUAUCCUUUAGGCAAAGAGAGACCUCCCAUGGAAGCACUACAGCAUGCCCUUUCAACACAACAGAAUGCAACACAGGGAGCGCAAGAAUCUCUCUCUCAACAGCAAUGUGACCAGCAAUCAAAGGAGAAGAAUCAAGAAUCCGAUGCCCUGUCACCCCCGUGCGACCUAUCAUCACCUACCCCAACCCCCAGCACAGUAGACCCAGCCCUCAUCUCUGAGGACCUUGAUAUCAAUGAUUUUCUCCCAAAGUCACCAAAACCAGACAGUCGACAAGUAGACAGAGCCCUUCAGGAGAUUGGCUCUGACCUCCCCGAAGUGCUUCCUAAACCUCAACUGGUAGACUAUGACUUCAGUGCCCCCUUUAGUCCACUGGAGGGUAUCGCUGGUCAAGCCUCAGUCCAGCCCAGACCUCGCUGGGGGCCUGCAGUCCAUCCUGAAAUCUGCAGCCCCCCUCCCUCUCUGCCUCACAUCCCCAUAGGAGAGAAUUUGUCUCAAAUUGUGGAGCUUCCCCCCAAAGCCAGCCCCUAUGGCCAAGCCUCUAAAUCCAGCCUCCCCCUAGGCCAGCAUACCCCAGAGGUAUCCUUCAGUAUACCUAAAGAUAAUGCUUAUGGACAUCCCUCACAAGAGUCUGUGCAGUUGGUGGAUAGGAGUGAUGCAAUGACAGACAGCAAGCAGAAAGCACUUGCACCUGCACUGGAACAAGAAAUGCCUCUAACUGUAAAGGAGGAGGUGGAAAGUGUGAAGGAGGAAAAACAAGAAGAGAAAUCUGCUAAAAGAGAUAGUGUGGUUGAAGAAGUGACCCCCUGCCCUUCUGUGGAGGCUGCACCAUCCUCCUCACCAGAGCACAGCACUGAAAAUGGAAAUGAUGAAGUACUGACCCCUCCCUCUGACUCUGUUGGGGUCAAGCCCCUUGCAGCAGACACUCUAACUGACACCUCAGAUGCUCAUGGCGAAGUCAGGGGACAUAUUUCUGAAGUGAUCAGUCAUCCUCCAUUGCCAAAUGUUCACAGUCACAUGUCCAGUGCACACCUAAAGGUUGGAGAGCUAGUGUCCAAUGUGGCUGCUCCUCAGAUUUCACCCAACAUCCACGGUCAUUCUUCUGAUGCUCACAUAAAGGUUGGACAUUUUGUAUCAGAGGUAACCGCUCCUCUGCCCUCUCCUAACAUCCAUGGCCAUGCCUCAGAUGCACACAUCAAGAUCGGAGAACAUGUUUCAGAAGUGAAAGCUCCUCUAUCUUCCCCCAGCGUACAUGGUCACUCUUCUGACGCUCACAUAAAAGUUGGGGAAAAUGUUUCAGAAUAUAUUGCUCCUGUACCCACUCCAAAUAUCCAUGGUCACGCCUCAGAUGCCCACAUUAAAGUGGGUGAACAUGUUUCAGAUGUGGUUGCCAUCCUGCCCUCCCCAAGCAUUCAUGGUCAUGCAUCUGACGCCCAUAUCAAAGUUGGCGAAAAUGUUUCUGAAUUUGUUGCCCCCCUUCCUACACCAAAUAUCCAUGGUCACUCAUCUGAUGCUAACAUCAAAGUGGGUGAGUUUGUGUCCAACAUACCUGAAGCAAGACCUCGUUGGAAUAAGCAUGGGCACGCGUCAGACUGUACCCUCCAGGUAGGGUGUGUGGUAUCUGGAACUGAACCGGCCUUGACCCCUUUACCUGGAAGCACUUACGGUCACUCCUCUGACUCGAAUUUAGGCAUUGGGUGUGUGGUUUCGGGACCCGAACACCAGCUGUCACCUUUACCUGGCAGCACCUAUGGCCACGCUUCAGACUCAACUUUAGGCAUUGGAUGUGUAGUAUCCGAAGCUGAGCCACUUCCAUUGCCACUACCAGGCAGUGCUUAUGGCCACUCAUCAGACUCCUCACUAGGAGUUGGAUGUGUGGUAAAGGGCAAAGGCGAUGAAGACCAGCAGAGACUUAAACACAACCAAGAUAGUCAAGGUUGUGAAUCAGCGAGCCCUGGUGAGCAGCUGGCAGAGGGCGCAGGGUCCUGGGCAGCCGGCUGGGGUUUGUCCCCUGGAGAAAGGUCUGAGCAGGAAUAUCUCAUGUCCUUGUCUGCCCAGUACCAGGUGGAACAGUAUGAAGACUGCUACAACCUCAUGUCUUCAUCCCCAGACUGUCAACUGCUGAAGCAGGUGACACGGGGUCCCUUGGGCCUUCCCAUGGACCCGACCCUCCACAGGGCCACGGACACCACUGCUGUCCAGCUCAGCGAGAUGGUUUCCCUGCCAGUCCUGAUGAAACACUCUGUCACAACCCCGCUCAUCACACAUGUAUCUUUGGUGAACAAAGCGGUGGUGGACUACUUCUUUGUGGAGUUAGGGGUGGAGAGACACUUUGAGGCGCUGCGCCACUUCCUGCUGAUGGAGGAUGGCGAGUUCGCUCAGUCCCUCAGCGAUCUGCUCUUUGAAAAGCUGGGCAGCGGUCAGACUCCGGGAGAGCUGCUCACCCCCUUGGUCCUGAACAACAUUCUCAGCAAGGCCCUCCAGUACAGCUUGCACGGCGACAGCGCCUUGGCCACCAACUUCACCUUUGCCCUGCGCUUCCUCCCCGAGACCUUCCACCCCCAUGCGCCUGACUCCCUCAACUGCCUGGAGCUGCGCUACAAGGUGGACUGGCCGUUGAACAUCAUCAUCACAGACAGCUGUAUGAACAAGUACAACCGUCUGUUCUCCUUUCUGCUGCAGCUCAAACACAUGGUGUGGAGCCUCCGUGAUGUCUGGUUCCACCUCAAGAGAACAGCACUGGUGAAAGGCGCAGGCCGCUCAGUGCAGUUUCGCCAGCUGCAGUUGUACAGGCACGAGAUGCAGCACUUUGUCAAGGUGAUCCAAGGUUACAUCGCCAAUCAGAUCCUGCAAGUGUCCUGGAGUGAGUUUGCAGCCAAGCUAGCCACAGCCAGUGACCUGGACGCUAUCCACCGCACACACGCAGACUACCUCAACAGAGCCAUCUUCAGGGGUUUGCUAACGGAGAAAGCCGCUCCGGUCAUGAACAUCAUCCACAGCAUUUUCAGCCUGAUCCUCAAGUUCCGUGCCCAGUUGAUCGCACAGCCCUGGGACAGCCAGCAGGGGGAGGCAGUGCACCCCAGCUUCAUCGCCAUGCAGCAGUCCUACAACACCUUCAAGUAUUAUUCUCACUUCCUCUUCAAAGUGGUGACCAAACUGGUAAACAGAGGCUACCAACCUCACUUAGAGGAUUUCCUGCUCCGCAUUAAUUUCAACAACUACUACAAAGACUCCUGAUCUGUGUGUGUUUUACAUGAGCAGAGUUUCACUGUUUGACAUGAUACAGGCCAUUUGGAGGGCACUUUUAUCCAACGAGCCUUGGAUUGGCUCUAGUGACAUGCUCUACCCAUUGAGCUAUACAGGACCAUUUGCUUUGUGUGUAUUACAAUCAGAAUCCCCUCUGUGUGUCUGUAAGACAUCAAUAUAUGGAUAACCAGGCUUAUAUGAUAAGCUGGGCUCUUUUCUGGUUGCCAUUUCAGUGUGCAAAGUGUGCUUUGUAGAACAGCUGUUUUGUUGCAUGGAUUUAACAUGGAAAAUCCCUUUAGCUAAUCAACUUGAGGCAACGCACAGGUCACAGUGAGGUCUCCAAGCAAGUCGGAAUGCCUUUAAAAUGUUGCACAGUGCUGUCAAAGUUUGUGCUGUCGACACAGACAGUUAAUGCCAAAUGUAAUGACUCCCAUGCUCAGGUGUGCCUCCUGCUGUAUUGUUUUUUUUAGUGCUAGCCACCUAGAGGCUGUGUGUAAAUUUAAGUGUUUACAUAUGUAAAUAAAAAUGUUAAUUUUUAUGUUUA